CACAUAAAGGGCUCCCCAAGUAUAUAUAUAAAGAAACCAACUUAAGCCAAAACCUAAGAGUGAGAGGAAGAUGAGCAGACCAGGGGACUGGAAUUGCAGGUCAUGCCAGCAUCUCAACUUCCAAAGAAGAGACUCGUGCCAACGUUGCAGGGAGCCAAAGCCUGUGGAGAGUGGUGACCAUUGUGGAAGUUUUGUAGUUCCAGGCCCUGAUGUCAGGGCUGGUGACUGGUAUUGCACCUGUGGAGCUCAUAACUAUGCCAGCCGUUUAAGCUGCUUCAAGUGUGGUGCCUCCAAGAACGACUCUUCUGGUGGAUCUGCCAGCGACAUGUCACGGAUGAGAGGUUUCGAGUUUGGAGUCGGUGGCAGCAAUAUUAGUCGCUCAGGCUGGAAAUCUGGAGACUGGAUUUGCAGCAGGGCUGGCUGUAAUGAGCACAACUUUGCAAGCAGGACUGAAUGCUAUAGGUGCAAUGCACCUAGGGAUUUAUCAUCAAGCAAGGCUUCGCGUUAACAAUAGAUUAAUUUCCAUCUAUGGGUAAAUAUAUUUAUAGAUGUUGACAUUAAUCCGCAGUGUUUAUGUUUUUAAGGCCAGCAGAUCCAGAGUCCAAACCCAGCUAUGCUGCUGUUCUGCAUGCGAAAGAGACUUAAGAUUUUGUUUUCUUCUGCUGAGAAGAAGGAUCAAGGAGAGCUGCAGAUCAUUCAGCAUUUAUGAAUUGUAUAAUUAAGUUAUAUAUAUAUUGUGACAAUCACCGUAAGUAAUAAUAAUAAA